AAGAUGUCCAGCGCUUCCGAGACGAACUCCGGUGCUGCCUCCGCGACGAAGCGGCGGCCGAUGACGCUGCCCGAGAAGAUCCUCACGCACUCCGCGGUGGGCUUGAAGCACCCGUACGUCGAACCGGGCCAAAUGAUCUGUGUGAAGACCCAAUGGACCCUUGCAUGCGAAAUAACGUGGAAAUCCAUGGACAAGACGUACUCGGACAUGGGUCGACCUCGCAUAUGGCGCAACGACCGCUUCUGGCUCGCCAUCGACCAUACUGUCGACCCCCGCGUGAAUCACUUGCCCCGCCAACAAAUGAUGAUUCAAGCGUCGACGAAUUUUGCUGCGGAAGCCAAGUUAACAAAUUUCCAGAAGCCCAACACCACGAUUCUUCACACGGAAUUUUACCGCCAACGCGCGCAGCCUGGCCAAGUGGUUGUGGGGGCGGACAGCCACAGUUGUUCCACGGGAGGGCUUGGUGCGUUCGCCAUCGGCCUCGGCGCCGCCGACGUCGUGAUGCCUCUCGUGACCGGAGAAACGUGGAUCCAAGUGCCUGAAACUGUGAAGAUCGAAUUUGUCAACGCACCACCUUUCGGGUUGGGUGGCAAGGACAUCAUGCUGUACACGCUGGGUCAGCUCAAGUGCAACACUGUCGCGAUUGGCCGCUGUGUCGAAUGGUCCGGCAACAUCGCGCCGCUUUCCUGCGAUGCCCGCUUCGCCAUCGCAAACAUGACGGCGGAAUUCGGUGGUAUUGCAGGCAUCUUUCCUGCAGACGAACGCACCCAAGCGUACAUUGCUGGCCGCGAGUCACACAACCAAGAUGCGCUCUAUUUCCGUGCCGACCCGGACGCCGCGUAUGCCGAAGUGUUCCAGAUCGAUCUGGCCAACUUGGAGCCACAAAUCGCGCUCUUUCCGUCCCCAGACAACGUUCAACCUGUCAGCGCUGUCUUGAACAUGCCGCUACACGGAUGUUUCAUCGGUGCGUGCACAACCGCCGAGGAAGACUUGAUUCUUGGCGCGCUCGUGCUGGAGCAGUGCCUGAAGCAAGGUAUGAGACCUGUUGGCCACGGCGAGCGUCGUGUGACCCCUGGCAGCCAAGUGAUCAUCGAUCACUUGCGCGCGGAAGGUCUGCUGGAGUUUUACGAGCGCGCGGGCUUUACCGUUGGUGCGCCGGGCUGCAGUUUCUGUCUCGGUAUAGCUGCCGACGUAGCCAAGGAAGGGCAAGUGUGGCUCACGAGUCAGAACCGAAAUUACCGCAACCGCAUGGGCAAAGGCAGCAUUGGCCAUCUCGCGUCGGCUGUGACGGUGGCGGCGUCGAGCUUCGGCAUGGCAAUCACGGACCCUACGCCUUUCCUUAAGUUGAUAUCGCCUGAGCGAUUGCAAUCGUACUUGCCGGUCAAGACCAACUUGCCGCCGAUCACGAUUGCGGUCCCAGCACCAGAGCUGCCAGAACCCGUGACCAAAUCGGCCACCGUUGACGCCACUGGUUCGACCCCUGAACCAGCUACGGGGGUACUUGAAGGCCGCGCCCAAGUAUUUGGCGACAACAUCGACACAGACGCGAUCUUGCCAGGCGAGUUUUUGUGUGAGAACGACGUCGAAGCGCUCGGCAAAGUCGCCUUUUUGCACACAAACCCCGACUUCCGGGACAAAGUCAAACAAGGCCAGUCGAUUGUAGUAGCGGGGCAUGGAUUUGGCUGUGGGUCGUCGCGAGAACAAGCCGUGACGUGCCUGAAAGGUGCGGGGGUCAAGGCCGUCAUUGCCAAGUCGUUUGGGUAUAUCUUUUCUCGCAACGUCCAAAUGUUUGCGUUGGUGGGAAUCUGCAUCACGGACGACCGGUUCUAUGAACUGGCCCAACCCAACGCCUCGAUUCGCAUUGAAAUGCGCGGCCGGACGAUCCACGUCGCGGGCGAAACCUUUCGCUUUAAAAUGUCGCUGUUUGAAGAAAAGCUGCUCAACGGAGGUGGAAUCAUUCCGCUCUACAAGAAAUUUGGCAACCGCCUGUUCCGAGUCGCCGUCGAAGAUGCUGAAGCCGACGACGAUGCAGUGGCGUGUGGCACAUCUUCUCAAAACUGCGCGUCGGCCGGAAAGGCGGUGGAUGUUGCGUGGUAGAUAGAUUUUAUUCCAAACAAUGUCAAGAGUGAUUUAUUGGAACAAGG